AUGCCUGGAAUUGCUUUCGGAAGAUUUGACGAUUCAUUUAGCAUUGGCUCAUUGAAAGCCUAUGUAGCUGAAUUCAUAUCCACCUUGCUCUUCGUCUUCGCCGGAGUGGGCUCCGCCAUUGCUUACACGGACGUGGCCCUUGAUCCGGCGGGGCUGGUGGUGGUGGCUUUUUGCCAUGGUUUCGCUCUGUUUGUAGCCAUUUUGGUUGGAGCCAACAUUUCCGGCGGCCAUGUAAACCUUGCAGUCACCUUUGGUUUGGCUCUAGGCGGCCAAAUUACACUUCUUACUGGCCUCUUUUACUGGAUUGCUCAACUUUUUGGCUCCAUUGUAGCAUGCUAUUUGCUCCUAGUCGUCACUGGAGGAUUGGUUAGACCAGACACUGUUUUUAAUAGUAAAGUCUCGAAUUGUAUGGUCGAACUGGCUCGAUUAGUUCAAUUCCUAACCAAAUUAUAUGUGUUUCCAUGCAGGCUAUUUCAACUCACGGCUAUUCCAACUCACGGAGUUGGUGCAGGUGUUGGAGCCAUUGAAGGAGUUGUUAUGGAAAUUGUUAUCACUUUUGCUUUAGUCUACACAGUGUAUACCAUAGCAGCUGACCCAAAGAAGGGCUCAUUGGGCACAAUUGCCCCAAUUGCCAUUGGUUUCAUUGUUGGUGCCAACAUUUUUGCUACUGGUCCAUUUUCUGGUGGGUCUAUGAACCUUGCCCUCUCUUUCGGAUUGACAGUGGCCAGCGACAGCUGUUAA